AUGAAAUAAAAUCCUGUGGCACCACCAUCAAAAUAAUAAUAAUAAUAACAACAACCUCCUUCUAAAGACCCUCCUAAAACUACUGGUAAACCAAAUGAUUAAAAAUAAUAAUAACCACAACAGACUGUUCAAUAACCCAAAACUGCUUAGGUUUCUCCACCAAAAAAAGAAACUGUCAAAGCUUCAUCUAAUGAUAUUGUAUUUUUUUUAUUUUAUGACAUUUAGGAUCACAUCCAAAAGAUGAAGCAAACUAUGAUGGACUUUUAAAAUAAGUAUUUUGAAACGCUUAAAAAUAAACAAGAUUCCAUAUCUUAAAAGGUUAUAUUUCUUUCUUCUAUUAUUAGCUUUCAUUAAGAAAUGCUGAAAGAGUAGAAGAUAAAAUCCUUAAUGCAAUUCGUAAAGGAGUCUUAUAAUUAGAAGUAAAUUCAACAUUUUAUAUUUUUUAUAAGAAUUCCAAAUUUAAUUAUGUUGAAGGACAUAUGAUGGAUAAAAAAGUCUUAAUUGUUGAAAAAGAAAAAGAUUAAUUAUAAACUAAACUAUAAAAUGUUGAUUCUGAAUUAAAAACACUUAAAAGUCAGAAAAUCAACAAUGCCUAUAGUGCUUAUAGUUAACCAACCCUAAAAUUGUAUAUGCAAGAAGAGAAUUUAACUAAGUAACAACUUGCUUAGGAGACAGUUUAGAAAAUAUAAAAUGAAGCUAAAACAAGAAGAGAAAAGACUAAUAAAAUUUUAAGUGAAAAAGAAAAAAAAGAGAAAGAAGAAGAAGAACGAAAAAAAUAAGAAGAUGCUAUUAAAACGUAAUCAAUUUAUAUAUAAAUAUAGAUAAUAAAUGAAAGAACAAUUACAUGCUAAAUUAAGAGAAAAUAUUGAAGAUUUAAAAGCAAAAUAGAAACAAAGACUUGAAAAAAUGGAUAAAAUGGAAGAUGAAUAUUUUAAGAGUUUAAAUGAUAAACUAUCUAAAAUGAAUAAGGAAAGAUCAUUAAUUGCAUCAGUAGAUAUUCCUAAAGUUUAAUUAAAACCAUAUAAAAAUGAAGGCUAAAAAAGAGAUAAAAAGAAAAAAACUAGACCUAAAAGUGCUUCUCCUUCUAAUAAAACUUAACAUCCACCAAAAAAAAUUGAAAUUGAAUAACCUUUAUAUAUGAGAGUCUUAGAUAAAUAUAAUAAAAAAAUACAAAAAUAAUAAGAUAUUGUUAAUUAGGAAAGAAAAAAGAAAAUGGAAAAAAAUGAAAAUUACAAUUAAGAAUAUGAAGAACAUAUGAAAUAAUAUUUAAAGAAACUUAAAAUGAAAAAAAGAGAAUAUGAAGAAAAAAGAAUGAAAGCUCUUGAAAAAUUAGGUUUAGAAGCUGGAAAAUAUAGUUAAAAUGUAAAUGCAAGUUUUGAUUCUAAACUUUGGCUAUUAUAAGAAUCAAGAGUUAAUAAAUCUCUUGAUGAUAUCUCUAUUAUUCCAAAAGAAUCUUAAAUAAAUUAAGCUAAGGAAAAAAAAUAAAAAAUCGUAGAUUAUGAUAAAAAAGUUAAAGAAACAAUUAAAAUAUAAAAAGAUAAAGAAAAAGAAGAAGAAUUAAUGGUCUUAAGAGAUAAAACUAUUCAUCCAGAAAGAUAUAUAAGAAUGGUCAAAAAAAAUAAUAAAGAAUAAGAAAAAGAACCAGAAUUUGAAAUAUUUUAAAGAGAAGAAGAAGCAAGAUAAUAAAAAGAAAGAGAAAUGAAAGAAAAAGAUUUAGAAAGAUUUAAAAAGCUAUAAGAAAAAGCAAAAAAAGAUCUUGAAUAAUCAAUCAUAUUGAGUAAAUAAAAAGAUGAAGAAAAAAAGAAAAAAGAUGAAUUUGAUUAUGAAUAUGAAGAAAGUUUAGCAAGAUAAAAAGGAAAGGAAUAUUUAAAAGAAUUUAAAGAAUUACAUUAAAAAGCUCUUGAAUUAGAAAAGGAAGAAAGAGAAAAGCAAUUAAAAUUGCUUCAAGAAUAAUAGAAAAAAAAAAAAUUAGAGCUACCAUAAAUUUCUUAGACACCAAAAGUUGUUAAAAAUUAAACUUUAGGAACAGUAUUUAAUUAAUAAAUAUUUAAGCUUGAAAGACAUGAUUAUUUAUAAGAAGUUUUAUAAUAAGCUAAAAAAGAAAGAGAAGAAAGAAAAGGAUAGGAAAGAUUAGAAAAAGAAAAAAAUAUUAAAGAAGAAGAAAGAAGAAAAUAAGAAGAAAGAAGAAAGAGAGAGGAAGGCAUUGAAUAAACUCCAAGAAAAACUGUUAAUGUAGAAGAAAUAGAUGAGGAAUAAAAAGAAGAAUUAAGAAGAAAGAAAUUAGCUUAACACAAUUAAAAAGUAGACAAAAUAAAAAAAAAAGUAUUAUUUUUUUAAUAAUAUUUAAUAAGUAUAUUGAUGAAAAAACAUUUGGUGAAUAAUCUUAACCAGAAAGUUAUUUAAAAAGAAAAGCAGAUCAAGUAAGCAAAUUAGAAAAAUAAACAAAGAGCAUGGAAUCAGUAAAAAUAUUAUAAAUUUUUUUAGAUAGUAGAGGCUUCUUGGACUACAAAACCACUAAAAGCAGUAGAGAAGGCAUCAGAAGUAGAUGCUCUUUAUAUUAAGUCAAUUCAAUAAAAAUUAAGUCUAUUAUCAACUGCUUAAAAAGCUUGA